AUGGCUGACUGGGAAGAAAUAAAGCGACUGGCGGCUGAUUUUCAACGCGCUCAGCUAAGUAGCACAGCUCACAAACUCUCAGAAAGAAACUGCAUCGAAAUAGUUCAGAAACUAAUCGGUUUGGGGCUGGUUGAGGUUAUUUACACGACAGAUGGCAAGGAAUAUCUCACCCCACAACAACUUGAACGGGAGAUAAAAGACGAAUUAUUUGUUCACGGCGGUAAGUAUCUGUGUUACUUUGGUUCUUGAUUACUAGUUUGGAAUGAUCCUUAGCGAAGUUGUCACUUUUCUGUUUCAGGGAGAGUUAAUUUGGUGGACUUACAGCAGGUACGUUGACUUCAUCUUUAAUUUCCAUUUCAGUGAGGUAACUUUUUUCUCUAUUUCAUAUCCACGUGUGUCGAUUUUAAAAGAUGACGUGUAUUUAAUUAUUACAUCCAGUUCCUUAAAAAUCUGUAUUUGUGGUUGCCAUAACGAAAACCUUGAUGUAUCAAGAGUAAUUUUCAUUUCUUUGGCAAAUUUUCAAGCCGAAAUGUUUCUACUGAAGUGUACAUUUUUGUCAUGUUUGUUUUAAUUAACUCGCCAUGCCUUUCGUGAGCUUUUAAAGGUUUGUCAACGGAAAAACAAUUAAUUUUUUACCUCUCAUCGAAUAUUAUCCUAAGAAAGCAAGAACUAUACUUGUGUUAUAAGCAACCGAAAACUUAAAACUAGCUUUUCCAAUUCUUGGAAUAUUACAUACAUGUCAUAUGCAAAGUGGCUUCAAUUCACUUAUGUUACCUUAUUAUUAAUUAAUAAAUAAAGAAAAACAACAUUUUAACCACAUCUAUCACCUUUAAUUUAAUUAUGUCAAUCAUGUUUUUGGUUGUUGUAUCAAGCUUUUACUCGUAUGAUGCGUCAGCUGGGGAAAUCCUUAACCUUUCUUCUGUGGAAAUUGAAAAAUGAUUACCAGCCCUGUGUUGCCUUUCCUCAGAUGGUAGAGAAGUUGGCAGGAUGCUAAGCACUUACUAUUUUGAUUCUUGCUAGAUUAUCGGAGUAGAUCUGACCCAUGUUGAGAAUAAGGUUGCCGAAAUUGUCAAACAUGACAAAAAUUUGAUUGUCAUCCAAGGAGAACUUAUUGACAAGUAAGAAUCAAACUAACAUUUACUAUUUGAAAAAAUAGGUGAUUCACAGCGUAAUAGCUGAUUGUUUGUAUGUUACAGACAUAUUUCAGUAACAGAGAUCCCUUUAUUGGACUAUGGGGUUUUAAAACUUUAUCAAACACUGAACUUCCUCAUUUUUAAUGAAAUGAAUUUCAUUUGAUCUACAAAUGAAAACAAGUAAAGCAAUUAUCCUUGAAGGUGAGAUGCAAUUUACUGAAAGAAAUUGCAGAAAAGAAGCCAGAAAAAAUUCAGGCUUUGCCAGAUUCAAAUGAUUCAAAUGCAUACCCCCCAGAUACUUAAUCUUUAAUCUCCCUAGUCAUUCUAAGCAGCACAUGGCAGUUUGUGGUCUUUCCCUACAUCUAGCCAUAUCAGAAAGCUGAAAAACUCUAGAACAAAAAUUUAUCUUUCAAAUCAGUUCUUUCAAUCCCCACAGUAUCAAUGAGUGCUUUUAAUUCAACUACUUUAUUCUUGUUUUUUUUCAUCAUAUUCCCACCAAUAGUGUAGCUCCAUUUUUUGCAUAUAUACCCACACACAACCCACAAUUCCUCUUAUCACUUUGAUGAAGGGCUAACGCUUGAAAUGUCAGCCUUUAAACUCUUUAUGUUGGCCAAUUUACUUUAUAAACUCAGCUACAAACUGAGCUAUGUAGCAAUUGCUUAAAUUGCAGCAUCUGUGAGGAUCAUUGCUUUACUUGACUACUCUUCAUUUCAUGGAACACCUUUGCCAAACAGAUCUUGGAGCCUCAAAUCACUUCCAACUCCUUCAUCCCUUCCAAAUGUCCCUUCCCUUCCCCAACCCUUACACAGUUAUAACUGCAUGUUACCAGCCAGGCAAUGUUGAUUGUAAGGAGGGGGAAAAAAGUUACCAUUAUUACAUUGUUUUUUCAAGAGAAAUGUUGCAUAAACAAGGAAGUGUUCAAACAGUUGUUUUCUGAGAUUGGAGCCAUCCUAACAGCUUGUUAACAUUCUUUUAACUGUAAUUUCUUGGAUUACAGUAACUACUUAGACCAAGUUGCAGAAGAGAUCAACGACACUUUACAAGAGUCUGGACAAGUUGUUAUCUCAGAGUUAAGCAAGACAUUUACACUCUCCACUGACUUCCUACUUGAGGUGAGCUAUGCAACAGAUUAUUUCCUAUGGAUGUGCUACAAAUUUGAUGAACAUAAUGAAAAGGCGAUCCAUAUUGCUGCAAAAAUAUAAAGUGAUUUUGUAAGCAACUAGGAGUCAUCAAGUGUUUUUAAGAGGCAGGAUUUCAUAGUGACACAAUUAUGAGUGCCAGCUGUCAUGUGCACAUAUAGGAGGGUGUAGAAGGGCCUUUUCUAUUUGCUUGUUUGAGCUGGUGAAACCUAUCCUCAAAUUAGGAAUAACAGUUACAAAAUUAUGUCUGAUGUAUCCAUCAAUCAAUUGAUUUUGUUGCUGUACUCUUGGAGUUUUAAAGAUUUGCAAAAAUAGUGAAGGGUAGCAAACAGAAGGUUACUGAUUACAAAUUUCAUUAGGUCAAAAGGAUUAAAUUUAUAGAAAUUGUUCCUUUCCUAUGAGUCAAAGGUAGCAUAAGUGUUUUUAGCUCACCAAAAUAGAGAUUACUCUUUUUUGAUUACCAUAGAUUGUUGAGAACAGAUUAGGGACAAUCAUUCAUGGACAACUUGAUCAAUUGGAAAGAGGUGUCCUGUUUACUGAUGCAUUUGUAGCACGGCAAAUGGCUUGCAUCAGAGGAGUCUUUAGUGCUGUCACAAAGUAUGUCACUUAAUGAAAAAUUAACACAAUUUUAUUGAUGUUUAACUCAGUAUUUCACUAACCAAAAGUUCCAUGAUCAACAUCUGAAAGACAAGUCUUACUAUGUGAAGGGCAAAUAAUAAAAACAAUUUAGAAUUGAUGACAUUGAGUUCCUAUAAAAUGUUAUCAGUCUUACGUAGUAGGAAUUCUAAUGUUCCUUUUUUUGGGGGUGUUUUUCAUUCAGUGGACAAAAAAUUUUGUCAUUUCAUCAGUUCCAAAGAAAGAUGUUAGAUAAUUUAUUGAUUGAGUUUAAGAGGGAUGGACAAUUUUUAGUCUCUUGCUUUGUUGAAUAAAAUCUGCAUUUUGUUUAUUAAAGAAACACAACAGGAAAGUUAGUGAACUCUGAUGUUAAGAAGAAGUUAAGUUAUCUUCCUAAUGACUUAGUCUUGAUACAUUUUCUCCUUUUGUUUGUUUCUAAAUUUGAUUAGCUUUGUUUACAUGUAAAAACGUUUUUAUCUUUGUCAUCAGGUUAUGGAUAAACUAGCAAACUGGGUGAUGUUAAUUAUGGGUAUUUAACCAAGCUUUUUUCUUUUUUUUUUUUAGGCCCACACCUAUAUCAAGUCUUAUGGCUCAGUAUGGAUUUCAAGAAAAGCUACUUUAUAGUAAGUGGUUAGUUGUCCUUGUGAUAACCCUGCUUAGCAGGCAUAAGAACAAAUUAUUCUUUUAAUUGAAGCCCCAGUGUUUGAUUUGGCACAGGUAUUUCAUUUCUUUGCCACCUCUACCCCCUUAUUGUUUUCUUCACUCCAGGCUUUUUUCUCAGUAAGGGGCAUGGUAGCUUCAAUACUAGCUAAAAAUAUUGAAGACACCCACCCCCUUAAAGUAUGUUAGCUGAACACUCUUUCUGUGGUGUGCUCUGAGUGCAGCAGUAUCUCAGAAUAUUUUGGAUGUUUGAAAUGACUUAAGUGGCAAUAUUUGAAAUGUGUUGUGUACAAUCCAUCCAUGACAGUUUUUCUUUCGCAGUGGAUAUAGACCAGUUGUGCUCUGACGGCCGUAUAUCAGGAAGUAUACAAGGGAGACAAGACAAGGCUGUAUUUGUUCCAGAUAUCUACUCCAAGACACAGACUUCUUGGAUAGAUGACUUCUUCAAUCAGAAUGGAUACGUAGGUGAGUAACUGUAGCAACACUUUUCAUUCAAGUGACUUCUUAUUAUGUUAUUCUCUAAGAAAUCAUGUACCCUAUAAUAUUUGCCAAUACUUAAAAGAGUGUCAGCACACUCGUGGUGUGGUGCAUCUUCAAAAGUGACACUUAAGUGGGAUUGUGGUUAAUAUGUAAAAUUUCCCGUCAAGAAAUAACAUUACUCCUUUUUAAUUUAACCUUAUAAUCCUUUGUUUUGUUCGAAAAGAUAACUAAAGCAUUAAAGUCUCAAAGGAAUGUAACAAAUUUGAGAUCCCAAGUACAAAACAACAAAAAUAACUUGUCAUGUGAAAAUAAAUUAAUAGACGUCUGUUUUGAACAGUAGCUCAUUACCCACUCUGGAUCUUAAUAAUUCCAAGUAGAAGGCUAUGUGGUAUAUACAAUGUAUUAAAUAAAUGCCGUGUUCUUUCAAGGGUAGGACUUAAGAAUGAUUCUCCCUCGAAAUUAGAAGUUCUUUCUCUAUGCAAUAAUAAAUGUUUCAAUGGAAUUUUUUUUGUUUAGAGUAUGAUGCAUUGUCACGUCUUGGGAUUACUGAUGGAAGACAAUUUCUAAAGAGAAGAUUCCAUAAGUUACCAGUGAAAUUUCUGCCCACAUGUUGUGUGGGUGAAUCUUUACAAGGCCAGGUGGAGGCUGCUAUUGAUGAAGCUCUGUCUAGUGGUGAAUGGAUUGACAUACUGGUGAGUGUUUUGAUUACCUUGGAUUUUUCUUUCUUUAAUAAGUUAAAGGAAUAUACCAAAAACAUGUCUCUUCACUUUGUGGGAACUUUGUAGUUUUUGCACUUCUCUCACUAUUAUAUACAAGUAUUUCUCUUGCACUGUAUGUUAGUGAUUAAGAGUUUCUUUCCUUUCCUAGCCUCUCCUUCCAUCGCCAUUCACUCCAGGGGAUGCUUCUCAGCUGUUACAGGAUUGUCUUAAGGCUGUUGGUAGAUCGUCAGCUCAUGUGUUCUGUGAGAGCAUUGUGGUCAGUGAAAAGUUCCUUCAAGAUUGUAAAGAUCCCUUCCAACAACUGAUGCAAGACAAAGCCAAAGCGGUAAAUAUUUAAGCUUUAACCUUAAUGUUACAACAGUCAAUUUUAGAAAUUUGCCAUUUACAUCUAAUGUUAGUUACUUCCAACCUUGUUCUUUGUUUUUUUGCGUUUUAACUGCCUAGUAUUUUCAUCCUUGGAGAACUCCGAGUUAUAAGGUUUCCUUUUGUUAGCUGUUUAUUAGAAUACUGUCAUGAACUGAUUAGUUCAUUUUUUCUUUUAGGAUGCAAUUAAAGCUCCUGCAUUGUUCUCAGAGCUUACCAGAAAAGACUUGGCUUCUUUGGGUGCCUCCAAAGGAGGUACUGACAGACGGGACAACAAGAAAGAGGAGAGGCGGAAGAAGGCAGCCUCAGGAGGUAGUAAAGGAGGAGGAGGAGGCGGAGGAGGAGGGGGUGGUGGUAGUGGAGGUGGUGGUGGAGGCAGAGGAGGAAGAGAAAGUAAAACUCAAAAGGUGAGAGUGGUAAAUAGGGGAUUGUUUUUACUUCAUUUAAAUCAUUGCAGUUAUAUACACAGCUUCCUUGCAUUUUGUUGUGUUGGGAUUCACAACUUUUAGUGGUAAAUUCUAAUUUUCUCUUAAAAAAAAAAAAAUUCAAAUCCUUAGGUACGUGAUAAGAAAAAGGACCGAGCUAGAGAUGAAGAUAUGGAGGAAGACAUCAGACCUAAACAAAGCUCCUCUGAUAUACCCUUCAUGACAGCUGAAGAGGUAAGAGUGUUUUGGUUUUUCUGUUUCUACAUGGGUGUGUUUCUUGUUUGGAUCUUUGUUUUCUUUGUUUUAGAAGUUUCCUCAAAUUUCUCUUUUUCUUUAGUUCCUUUGUCUUUUUUAACUCCUCACUUAAGAAUCACUGAACCCCAGCUGAGCUGAGUUGUUUUAUAGCUUUGAGACAGUUUAAAUCUUGUUUAUGUUUUUCUUUCAGUUUUGUCUUGCGCCAAGUAAAACCCUUAAAAACAUAAACCUUAAUAUAUGCUUUAUUUCAAGAGAAAUCAUGGACAAGUUCAGCUUUUAAUCCUGGAUUGUUGGUAACGCCCUUUCAAACAACCAGCCCCAGUUGGUUACUUGGCUCACUAUAGCAGUGAAGUAAAUUCAACUACAGCAGUCAAAUAAAGUAGAGGGAACCUAGGUUGACUCAAGCAUACUUUUGUGAAUCAUUGCCUGUUUUUGUUGCUCUUUCAAUGUAGAUAUCAGAAGAAUUACAGAAAAGAUUUCCAAGUUGUCCAGAGGAACUCUUUGAAGAAUUAGCUUCUUACCUGUUUAGGUGAAGAAUCACUUAGAAUAAAGAGAGCAAGAUUUUCUUUAGGAUUUGGAUCUUUCUUAAACUUUACUAAAUUUUUGAAGUUUAAUUUUUUAUUUUAUUUCCUAUCUUCAAUUUUCAUCUUUUGUUUACUGUAGCAAUUACUCCAGAGGUGGUAAAAACUUCACAGAAAUCUUGUAAUUAACAAAACAGGGCUUUGCUAGCUUAGGAAAGCUAUGAAUUCCAUGCUCUAAGAACUGUUGUAUGCUGGCUAUCUCUUAAUCACAUCUUUGAGUUGAGAACAUCACUGUAAUACUGAAUAAUGCAGCUUAGUUGUUCUUUAGAAGGUAUUUUUUUGUGAUUGUUUGGUUGCUUUUUAUUUACCCAAUAGACCACUGACCCAAUGUUACCAAGAGGUGGCUCGGUCGGUCUUCCUUUCCACAGGAGACAAAAAACGUAAAAGUCAUUCAGAGGUGCAGGAAAAAGUCAGUGUGCUGUGGGCAAAUGCAAAACUGUUUGACAAAGGAAUCAAAUUAUUUUCUGGUAAGUGACUUUUUAAAAUACUCUUUGACUCCCAAUCAUGAUCAGCUGAUUUUUUUCUUGCUUUGAUGGAUCCACCUCAGACUGGGGACUUUAACCUUUCCCACCCUAACAUCAGUUAGGGUGGGGGGGAAGGGACAGUGUAAGGAAAAUUAGAUGCUAGUCACUCCCAGGGUCAAAGGGUAAAUGGUAACAGACACUGUGAAACCAUUCCAAAUCUGUGGUGGGUUCUGUAACUCUAAAGAAACCUUUGUCAUGUGAAUUAUUUCAUUUACCUCCAUCAACUGCAUGAGGGUGAUCUGAUUAUUAUCAAGAUUUGGGUCAGAUCUGUGAGCAACAUUGAGUCUUGUUUUGUGUGGUUUUAACAGAUGAUGUACAAGUGCAGUUGUCCCGCCAUCUUCUGCGAACGGUAUGUACAGAUAUUGUAAACCAGGCAGUGGGUCUGUUAGCUGCUGACCACAUGAUCACAAUCAAUGACGAAUCAACUCUAACUCCCGAGGUAUGGAUGUUAUUAUGUUACUUUCAUUAAUGCAUGUUUAGUUUAGUCAGAAUUUAACAGAGCACUUCCCUCUUAAAAAUACCCUGUCUUUCUGAAUUAUCCCAGAUUUGAAAUUUCCUUGUGGAAAUACAUAUAGUUUGCAUGGGAGUCAAAAAAAUAUUUUUAUAGGGAAGGCUCUGCACUCACCCUUGUUUUCAAAUAGAGAAUUUCAUUAUUUCCAUAAGUGGAACAGUUAUUCUGGAUUGGCUAAGAUCAGAUGAAAAUCUUCAAGACUUAAUAUGAUAACUGCUUAUAUAUUCAUAAGACUUUCCAUCACAAGACUGGGUAUAAUCUAUUAGUUUUUGUCAGAUUUUUAAAGGUGCAUCUUUGCAAGCUUUCAGUUUUCACUACACUUGGUUUGAUUCAUUUGAUUACACUGUAUGUAUGCUAACAAGAACUAAGCUAUUAUUAAUAGUGAUGAUUCUUUCUUACACAGGAUCGUCUGAAAGUAAUUUCAAAAUUUCCUGACAAAGUAAAAGCUGAGGUAGCCAAGUUGAAUUCUUCAUUAAAUGGAAAGGUUUGUCAUCCUUAUUUUGUGUGAUGAGUACCAGUACUUGUUUUGUAUACUUAUAUGCCGUCUACUGGUUUCAAAGCAGUAAGUCUCUCACAUCCUACUUUUUUCAGGUAACAGAAGAUUUCUUUAACCAGUUUGAUGUAAUUUGUGGGAGUGGCUACUGCGAGUUUAUGUUGAAGAAGUUGGAUAAGAAAAGAGAAAGGCAAGUCUUGGGUAUCACUUGUGGGCCUUAACCCUUAACUCCAAUUAGUAUACAUUAGACUUACUAUGAAAAUUCUGAUUGGUUAAGAGCAUACAGUCAAUAUACAAUAACAAGUGAAGUUGACAUGAUAACUCAACAUCUGCAGCAGAUACUGGGUUAUCAUGUUUAGCUCAAAGUCUGCUGAGUUUCCAAGCCUCUCUUCGGUGUAGCAUUAUCAAACUUGUGCAAACUCAGAAAGAAAUGUCUUCUUUUGCAGAUUAUUUUGAAAAUAUAUUUUAAAACAAUUAUUGAUAUCAGUUUUCACAUAUAAUGAUUUAUCAAACCCUAUGUCUUUUUUUAUCUGCCUCAUCCUUCGGCUACAGCAGAUAGCUCAGACCUUAGCAUUGACAAUUCAUGAUAUCAUGCUCAACUUCAUCCAAUAAUUGCCUAGGAUCUUAUCAUUCAUUCUCCCUUCUGACUGCUACACAUUUUUCUUUAAUCUGGUUAUGAGAAUUUGGCAUUUAGAUCAAGAUAACUCAAACGGGAUUAAUUUAAGAAUUCUCAUGAUAUUUUUGCUGGAUACUAACUAUAUGGAUAUUAUAGGGAGAAACUACAUGUUAAUAAAAAUAAUAUUAUUAUUUCUAGAGCGUUUGUACAUUUCCAUUAUUAUGCUAUCUACAUGUAGAUGCAGCAGAGAGCUACUGUGUUUCCUACACAGUUCAAACAAUUACAUUUCCCUCAACAAGAGCUAGCUUUAUCACAAAUUUAGCCCAACAGGAAUAAAAGCCUCCCUCUAUCAUCAUGAUAUAAUUUCUGAAGAAACUUUUGUCUAACGCCGUUCUUAUCAAAUGUUGUUACUGAUGUGGCGGCCUUUUUUAUUUAUAUUUGAAUUUUAUAGGCAGCUGACCGUUGAGCAUCGCUGCGCUCUUCAGGAACAGUUACGUCAAGAAAACGAGCCUGCCAUGGCUCUUCACCUAGCAUCAGCGGUGUUAUUCCAACACCACACUCACUGCAUGGUACAUGCGCCAGGUCGGUGCGUGCCUCAGAUAAUAAACUUUCUCAAAGAUAAGUUAACAUCCGAAAACUUCGACAAAUUAAACCACUACAUGACACUAGUUAUAAAGCAACUGUCCGGCAACGAAGAGAAUGCAGUGAAGAAUGGUGACGAACAUGAAAAAGAGGAAGAACACGAAGAGAGAACGAUAGGAGCUCAACUGGAAGAAGGACUGGGAGACAUCAAGCGAAUAGCACUGGAGUUAAAAAAAGUCAAAGACGAAUCUUAAGUUAAGAUUAACAAUUUUUUUUUUUUAAGAGCAAACGAAGCGAUUUUGUUGCGUUACAUCUUGCAAUGUCGUAUCACGCUACCAUCUUUAAGUACACGUACAAAGAGCAGUGUUACUAGCCCUCAAUCUUCACGGUAAAAUUUGAGAUACAUUUAUUUAUUUAUCUACUUAUGAACUUAGCAAAAUUCUAAAACGACAGUUUAAAUGUUAAAUUUACAUAGCAAUUGUACUUAAAAUUAAGGAAAAAGUAGUCAUAUACGCUCGUAUCAUGACAACUUCUCCAAAGAUUGGAAUCAUGCAACGUUCUUAAAAUUUUUGUGGCGUAUUGUUAGUACCUUCUGCCUAUAAGAUCCACAAACAUUUCAAGUUUCAACGUAGUUUUAUGAUUCUGCGUCGAAUUUUGGUCAUUAGAUAUAAAAGAGAUUAAGAGAAUAAAUCGUUACAUUAUUGGAUCCUAGGUUUAGCUAGAAGAAGGUUCAGAAGUCACGUUGUCAACUGCUG